CUCAGGUUCGUCAACGAUGGAACAAAGUCCAUUCUUUGGUUCCGAGUCUUUCAGAAGCUCACUACAAAACUCGAGAAGGGAAAUGGGUUAUGGUUAUCUGAUCUUGCUGCUCCUUAUCAAUACACUGGUUCCUUUGUCUUCUGGUAAAUUGGACAGAGUGUGCAUUUCCCAAGGUAGUCGUUUUCCUCCAUUCUCUUCUGAGGGGAAGCCUCCAAAACGAGUCAGCAAGGGACCCAAAGAUCUAACUCUUUGCAGGGUGUUCCGCAAAAACACUUGUUGUGAUGUAGCCCAGACACAUCCUGCUCUGAUAGCCAUUAGGAAGUUGGCUUCGUCAGGUGAAGCUAACUCAGAGUGCUUGCAAUUAUGGGAAUUAUUGGAAUGUUCUAUCUGUGAUCCCCGCAUUGGUGUACAGCCAGGACCUCCAGUUAUAUGUGCUUCUUUCUGUGACCGGGUCUUCAAUGCUUGUUCUGGGGCUUACUACUCAACAGAUGCAAUAACGCAGGUUCUAGCACCCUGUGGAUUAAAUGAUUAUGUUUGUGGGAGAGCCUCUGAGUGGAUUCUUAAUGGCACAGAAUUCUGCCAUGCUGCAGGGUUUGCUGUUAAGGGUGAUAUGUCUGAUAGCCUGGAAGAAACAUUUUGCUAUGGUGGUAAAGCUAGUCUUGAUUUGAUUGCGGAUUCAUGGAAGGUUCCACAAUCUGAGGUGCCCCAGAAAGUUGGGAGCUUGAGGCUGCUAGAGGAGUUCCAGGAGAGAGUGAGGGAAAUGCCAUAUAGUGAACGAGUUUCCUGGGCUGUGGGAGGAUUGGUCCUUACAGCAGGCCUGUUGUUUGUAAGCAGAAGGAAAGGUCAUAACCAGCGCCACAGACAAGCUGCUUUCCAGCGUACCACUAAAAAACUGGAAGCCAAGACGUACCCCAAAGCUACUGAUAGUCAUGGAAAUAGGAAAGUAAGUAAAAGAUGAAAAUGAGUUUCUGAAAAUUCUUAAUUUUGUCAAUGUACUUCAGAUGUAUCAAUAUAUUGUAUGGUAUACCCUUUGUUCUUUUUACUAGUUUACAAAACAGUGAAUGAUGUAUUACUUAGAUAGUUAGACUAUAUAUUCAAGAAUUUUGAGGACUCAAUUCCAGUUUUAAUUCCUUUCAAGAUCACAAUUGAAAAUCUUCAGCAUUGUCUUUCCUUGCAUUCCACUUGCAUAUCCCUUGAACCAUUCGAUUCUCAAUGCUCGUGGCAUAGGGGGUGUGCCACGAGUUGGAGAAGGCGGUGCCGGAACCUGAUGACAAAGCGAAAAUUGAUUGUUCAAAGGCUUGGCUCUUUCUACAAUUGUGAUUGAUCUUUGUGAAGGAAUCAUGAAUGAUGUACAUU